AUGUCUGCAGAUGUAGCAGACCUCAAUGGAGGCCUUGCAGUAGAGGUGGAGGCCUUUGUGGGUGAAUGGCUGCCUCAGACAGCCCCCUGUGACAUUUGUCUUUCCUCAGGUGCCACUUUGCUGCUGCAGAGGCAAAUUCCGAUGGCUCUGUCCUUGCUCUUCACCCUGGUAUAUCUCACCACAAUCAGGCCUGCUGUUCUGCAUAGGACAUGUGAAGAAAUACAGACUUUGCAAGGAGUUCAAGAUGCAAGAGCAGUUGCGGGGAGAGUUUUUUCUUAUCCCAUAUCACCAUUUGCUUUCCAAGGGAAAAUAACUCACUACAAGGUUACUCUGGCUAGUGGUUCAGCUUUACCAAAGUGGUUGGAAUAUAACCCUAACACAAAAACUCUUCAAGGACUGCCAAUGGUGGAGGAGAGUGGAGAAUACCAUCUAACUAUAGUUGCAUAUGGACAGUCUUGUGGCUGGAAAACACCAACAGCUGGUGCAAACUUUGCAAUUCAUGUUCACAAUGGUGCUCUUGUCCAUGAAAAGGAAGUGGUCGCAGACCAACAGCAUGACAGUAUCUGUUCUGCAGCACUGUGUGAAAGGGGAAUGUCGGUCACCUUUGCUGAGAUUAUAAUUCAUACAGAAAAUUAUUUAGAAAUUCAAAAGCGACUAGAUCUAGUUUGCACCAUGGCAGACUAUCUCCAUUUGCAUCCCUCUUCAUUGACACUUGCUUCAUUUGAAAGCUCAUUUAAUAAACACUAUUGGAAUCUAACCAUAUUAGCUGAAGACAUUCAAUAUCUCAACACUAUGAAAAAGCAUUGUGUUGGAAUCCAGUGGCCAGUUGGGUUUGGAGUGUUCACUAUGCUUUAUGAAUUAGUACAAAUUCUACAACACAAUAUGGUGUCAAACCAUCUCUCACAGCUGUUGGGGUAUGAAAUUGCUGGCUGGAGAAUACUUCAAAAAGAAGGCAAUGGAAAAAAUCACUUAGGAAAGCGGCAGAGGAGGCAAUUAAUGGCCACUCCUGGACUCGUACUGAGACCAACCAAAAUAGAGUCUUUAACAAUUUUGUCAACUACUAUGGUAUACACACAGUCUGUUAAAAUACCUAGUGAGAAUUCAUCACCUUUGUAUGAAGCUGUAAAAGAAGUUAUCCCCACUUACAUGGAUGCCUUAGGGUCCACAGCCAUUCACAUGUUACUGAACGGUCAGAUUAAAACACAAGUAUCUGCCAUUUUCCAGUCUCUUUCUUCUGAACUUUCACCUUCUCUGAUAUCACCAUCAACAGAAUUUGAGGGUAAAGUGGCUUCCAGAACACCAACAAUACUGGAGGAACUACAGUCUCAAGUGCCACAACAAAAUGUCUAUUCUAUGCCUAAAAAAUCCAAGCCAAAGCACAAUUCCACAGUAUAUUUUUAGACUUUCCUGCCAAUGAGCAAAACCCAGAUCUCAAUACCUGCUCGCAACAUGGAAACUUCAGUUUCACCAGAUGUAACUGCUUCUAGAACAGCAUCUCUAGCAUACUCAGGGGAAUUUGCAAGAAGUCUCGAUUAUACAGGCCCAUAUGCACAGCUAACAGCAUCUGGAUUACUAUCUAAAGACACCAUAUAUGUUGCGAAUCUUCCUCUAACAUCCAUGUCAACACUGAUGAAUUUAAGAGCAUCAUCUAGAGUCCUAUUUUCCAAUGUUGUAGUUUCUCUGCUCUCAUCAGAUAGUAGCUACGAGAUUCAAGACCUGGUCAGCAACUACAAACAUGCCUCAGAGUCAUUUAUGUCUUUACCACAAGCUACAAUGCUGAUUGAUGUGCCCAGCAGGAAUAUAGGCUUCAAUUUGAUUGGUAUCACAUCACUGGGCAUAAGUGGUGCUUCUGCCCACAAAUUUAGACUGCCAGUCAACACAAGUCCAUCUCAGUUCUAUUACAAUAACAAUGCUUCAGCUUUGCCAAUGCACAGCAGUCAGCAAUUCAGGAUAUCCCCAUUUGUCCAUUCACUAGAAUUUGGAUUUCUAUCAAGAACAAGCAACACCCCAGCAAUGGCUCCUCCCUGUUUAUCAUUAUCAAAACCAGCAGAAUCCCCUGUAUCAUUUGGACAUAGUAAUAUGCUACCAAUGGGGGAAAAUUUGUCUGAAAGGACACAGGUUAGCCCACAGGUAAUUAAAAUAUACACGCUUGCAUCAGAGUCUUUUAUGACUGUUCCAGAGACAGACAAACUUUUAAUUUCAAAAACCAAACUAUUAGCUCCUACCACAUCCCAGAUGGACACUCUCCUGUGGGAAACACAACAUUUAAUUUAUGAUGCAUCAUCCAGUGCUUCGAUUUCAAGCAGCAGACUCCGUGAAGGUGACCCAUCUUAUAAAAUGAGUCAAUCAUCAUUCAAGCAUUCUUAUGAUGCUUUGCUGCCUACCUGGUCUACAGAAUUUGCUGUCACCCCCGAGUUACCUUUUUCUACAGAUGAAAUUGCCUCUUAUGACAGCAAUGCUGUUAGAACUCCUAAGCCAUGCUUCGAUGCUUUACAACUAGACACAAGUGAUCUAAGCUUGGAUAGCUCAUUUGGAACCAAAAUUAACUUCCAAAUUACCAGGGACUUAACUUUAGAACUGCUGGAAAAGUCAACUAUUACUUCCAAUAAAGAUAUGUCCAAACAAACUGGAUUCUAUGUCACUACUUUAUACCAAGGUCCAAUAAACACCUCCCCAAGAGUUGUUAAUGCCAUUAAGUGGAUAACAGCAACAAUUGGACACAAUUUUUCCUUUUCAGUACCUCCAGACACAUUUUAUGACCAGGAAGGAAAUACAACCCAGCUGACCCUUGGAAUAAACCCAGCCGAUGGUUCACCAACAGGUUCAGAAAGCUGGUUGCAGUUUAAUUCAGAUUAUCAAACCAUUUAUGGUUACCCACUUGAUCACGAUUUUCAGUACUCACCUCAGGAAUUUUUACUCUUUGCCACUGAUUGAGGGCUGAGGACAUCCGAUACCCUCACAUUACUACUCAGGCCAACCACUAUCCCAUGUCAUACUUAUACCAUAAACAAAAAUAGUUACCACUCCUUUCUGAGAGACAGGGUUAGAGUUAACUUGUUUUUUGAGAAGCUUUCCAAGUAUUUGAUUGCUGGCUGUCCUGGCAAUAUGAUACUACUUGAUCUCAAAUCUGGUUCCACUGUGAUCACCUGGUACAACAGCUGUUUCUGUACAAGGACCAGCGGAUGUGCAAGGGAUGAAAUCCAGGGUGUGCUGAGGAAACUAAGAGUACCUGGUGGAAAUAUAAAUCCACAUUUUGUUGAGGCAAUGUUGCCAGCCUACAAAAUUGAUCAAAUUGAAGAAGUUGCUUUUGGUGGAAUCUGUUCACCAAUCACAAAACCAGUGAAUGAAUCCCUGAUAUCAAACAGCACCUUGGCUACAUUUGACAACCAUUCCUGGAUAAGAAACAUUUUUACUUCCUUGUUAAUAAGUGUAUGCAUUACAAUUAUAGUGACUCUGAUAGUUGCCUUCCACUGCUGUAGACAUCCUAAAAAAAUAACUGGAUUACAAUCUACAACAUCUCAUGGAAGACCCUUCUUCAGCUACAUUGAUUUGGAAAUGGAUAUUCUGAAAUCCCGGAAGUCACCAAUGCUUGAACAAGAGAUCCCACCAUCAGCUCAGUUGUGGUUGCCUGUUCCAACACCUCCCCAUCAGCAUAUCUACAGAACAGACAGAAAUCUUGUUGCCUCAGGUCUACCUCCACCACCAAAAUACAGACUACCACCAUUUUAUGGAAUGCAAGAACCUAGUCAGACUCACCAGGAUGCUAGUCCCAGAAGGUAUUGUCCCAAAGCUAGCCCAUACUGAGAAUGCUAUUCUGGGAGGGGCGGAUUUUUUCAUUCUUAUAUAGAAUUAUAUA